AGAACAACUGCACCACCACCCCUUCCUUCCGCUCAUUCUCUCUCUCUCUCUCUCUCUCUCUCUCUCUCCAGAAUCUCUAGAGAGAGAAAUGCAUCUUCCUCUCGAGAUCCCUCUUUCUUCAUCCAUGGCGGACCCAAAGAAGCGCAUUACGCUCGAACAACUCAGUCUCCACAAGAAUCCCGGCGAUCUCUGGAUCUCCAUUCAGGGCAAGGUUUAUGACGUUUCAGACUGGGCCAAGGACCACCCAGGCGGCAGCCUCCCUUUGCUCAGCCUCGCCGGCCAGGACGUCACCGACGCCUUCGUCGCCUUCCACCCGGCCCCCGCCUGGAAGCACCUUGACAGGUUCUUCAACGGGUACUACUUGGAAGACUACUCUGUCUCCGAGGUUUCCAAGGAUUACAGGAGGCUGGUCAUGGAGUUCUCCAAGAUGGGUCUGUACGAGAAGAAAGGGCACGGGGUUUUGGCUUCCUUCUGCUUCAUGGCAAUGCUGUUCGUGGUCAGUGUUUUGGGCCUUCUGUGGUGCGACAACACUUGGGUUCAUUUGUUUUCCGGCGGAUUGAUGGGGUUUCUUUGGAUUCAAAGCGGGUGGAUUGGGCAUGAUUCCGGGCAUUACCAGGUUAUGCCCACCAAAGGGCUGAACCGUUUUGUCCAGAUCCUGACUGGAAAUUGCCUCGCCGGAAUCAGCAUUGCAUGGUGGAAAUGGAACCAUAAUGCCCACCACAUUUCCUGCAACAGCCUUGAUUUUGAUCCAGAUCUCCAGCACAUGCCAGUCUUUGCGGUAUCUUCCCACUUCUUCAAAUCCCUUACUUCUUGCUUUUAUGAGAGGAAGAUGAAUUUUGAUGCCGUGUCCAGGUUCUUAGUGAGUUACCAGCAUUGGACUUUCUACCCGGUUAUGUGCUUAGCUAGAAUCAAUUUGUAUGCCCAGUCUUUCGUCUUGUUGCUGUCUAAGAGGAAGGUGCCCGAUAGGGGUCAGGAGAUUUUGGGUAUUUUCGCGUUCUGGAUUUGGUAUCCCCUGCUUGUUUCGUGCUUGCCCAAUUGGGGGGAAAGGGUGAUGUUUGUCGUUGCUAGCUUUACGGUUACCGGGAUCCAACAUAUCCAGUUCUGCUUGAACCAUUUCUCGUCCAAUGUGUAUGUUGGGCCGCCUACUGCGAAUGACUGGUUCGAGAAGCAGACUCGCGGGACUCUCAACAUCGCGUGCUCUUCUUGGAUGGAUUGGUUCCAUGGCGGAUUGCAGUUUCAGGUCGAGCACCAUCUAUUUCCCCGGAUGCCCAGGUGCCAUCUCAGGAAAAUCUCCCCUUUUGUGAAGGACCUCUGCAGGAAGCACAAUUUGCCUUACAAUAUUGCCUCGUUCUGGAAGGCUAAUGCCAUGACUGUUAGAACGCUGCGCAAUGCUGCCCUGCAGGCCCGGGAUCUCACCAAUCCGGUUCCAAAGAAUUUAGUCUGGGAGGCUGUUAAUACUCAUGGAUGAUGUCGAUGAGACUCAUCCAAAGCUGCUUUACAACUAGCAGCUGCUGUUAGUAAUCCUCCGCGCAUGUAAUUUGGGUACGAUGAUGAAUCAUCUUUUCCAUUACUUGGAGCUUUCAAUUAUUUCUUCCCCCAUGUUAUUGUUUGCAGGAGUAUCUCAUUCUGGGGUCCUCUUUUUAAGAUUUGGUGGGUGGCUCACCUUCGGUCGUUUGAUCUUCCGUCUAUGGUAGAUUUGGUCAAGAAGAGCCAUCACAUCCAACAUUUUGGCUUAGAUGAAUUACAGGUCCCUACCCUCAAACUCUCAAUGCACCCCAUCUCAGCUUGACUUGAUUGAGUUUAAUUGGAGUCCAGGCCAGAAGUAUAUUAUUUAUUGUAGCAUUUCUCUCCUCUUACUGUUUGUGGCUUUAGCUAGCCUUCUUUGGCAUCAUCUCCCUUUAUGCUUUCUUUCUCUAUCGCAGACAAAUGAUGUAUUAUGUGGAUUUCUGGAUGCCUGUGAGGCUAAUAAUAUGAGUUUCUUCUUCUUCA